AUGGGGAACCUGGUGAGCCUGUCCCUCUAUCUGCUGCGCACCACGCCUACCACUCCGAGUAGGGGCGCCCAGUAUGCAACUGUACCCCCAUCUCCGGGAGGAGACGCCAGAGGGAAGAGGGCCAACCCGCUUACGGACUUGAUCGAGACAGAGAAGGAGUAUGUAGACCGGCUUGCCGGGAUCAUUCGCAAAGUUGCGGGUGCAUGGUCCGAUCUGGACGCCAUGUUCAGGAGCAUCGAGAGCAUAUACAAGGCGAACCGGUCGUUGCACUCAAAAUUGAAGGACAUAGGGGCGGAUCCGUCAUCACCGAAGGCCUUGGUUGACGACCUUGAGACACCAUACACCGCCUACUGCACGAAAUAUGUCAAGGGAUUCGACACAUGGGACCCGGUACAGAACAACGAUCGCCUGCGCACUACACUCGCUAUAUACUCGGCGACGAACCCACCUCCGCUGCCUCCUUCAUCUCCCUUGCACCCGUCAGAGCCACCAUUGUGGACGCUCGACCAGUUUUAUUAUCGCAAGCUCUACUCGCGCCUACUCAAGGGCACCUCACCAGGACGGAGUGAUCAUCGGCUGCUCUCAUCCGCCAUGGAGAAACUCGCGAAGCUAAUGAAUACCCUAGACGGCCGCCUCGCCAUUGAUGUAGCUUCCGUUUCCGGACGUCCGGAGCCGUCGAACGCACCACCUGAUAGCCAGACAUCACCGCCCCCAAUGCCUUCGACAGUAGCUGCAUUGGAACGACGAUUAUCUUCCGAACGCACGCUCGACAUCUUCACAAUGCAGCCUAGGCAAAUACGCUUGCAGCUAUCCCCUCCGUCCCUGCACUACACGAGGGAAGUGCGGUAUUCAGCGGACGUCGUAGUGCGGUUCACCCCGCGAACUACCGGAACGCCAGUGGUGCAUGAAUUAGGCCACGUCUUCAUCCUUACCGAUCUCUUCGUAUUUGCGGAACGGAUGAAGCCGCGGGAACGCGCGCAGUUCGGACCAGAUGGCCCGGAUAUGUGGUUGGUGUAUCCCCCUCUGGCUGGCAAACACCUCCGCGUAUCUCCUCUGGGCGAUUCAGAAACCGCACUCUCGGUCACUAUCCUGCGGAAGGAGACUUUGACCCUGCAUACCUCGACACCCGCACUGCGUGAUCGGCUAUAUUCGGAGUUCGCAGAGUGCAUUGAUGCUGCAGCCAUCUCGUCAGUGUCGUCAGCGAAGAGUCCGCCUCCAUCAGGGCCACCGGCGCUUCCGUCACCUGGUAGUAGAUCUUCCUCAGGACCUCGGGACCCUAGUAGGCCGCCUUCGGCUGGCAUGCUUCCUGAAAGGCAUAGUGGUGGGGCGAGCCCAUCUAGCGUCAGAACACCUCAGAGCGGCCAAGCAUCACUACCAAGCAGUCCUCCUGCGCAAGGGCCACGGUCGACACUGGGUGAUCCGCCUGCACAACGCCCAGGAGAAUAUCAGCAGCCCGCGCCUCCGUAUCCGACUCGGACCACCUCAAUAUCUUCGCGGCAUUCUAAUGACGGUCCGGGACCCGGCCAACUAUCCAGGCAAACGUCCUUCAACGUCGGGCAAGUUAUACCCUCACAGCACAGCGGCCAACAACCCCCCAUGCCGUCGUUUCGACCGGGGCCCGGUAGACCUCCGCAAGGGUUCGGACCAGGACAGGUUAUGCCGCCGAUGGGCGGACGUCCCCCUGCUGGCUUGCCUCAAGCACCAUACGGUCCUGGACGUGGCGGCAUGCCUCCUCCGGGUGGCCCCCCUUUCCACCCUGGUCAACCGAUGCCGCCUGGUCCAGGCCGGGGCAUGCCACCCGGCCCCGGCGGUAUUGACUCUCCAUAUCGGAACCCAGCGCCCAUGGGUAUGCCACCAGGUCAGGGCCCCCGCCCGCCCUUUGCGCAGCCACAGAAUCGUGCGCCGUCUGAUCCCUCGUUCCAGGGCGGCCUGCGCAAGUCGACAUCGUCGCGGUCCCUCCGAUCACAGCACGAGAUGAUGUCCACGGCGUCGGCACCGCCUAUGCCCCAGUAUCCUGGCGGCCUCCCAUAUCCCAACCGGCCGUUUGGACAGCGCAACGAUUCUACGCCGUCGCUGUAUUCACUGCCGUCACAGCACGGCCCGCCUCAACCGACAUUACUGCCCUCUGAACAAUUGAAGAUGGCUAAGGCUCAAGCGCAAGCUGCAGCUCAGUACGACGACCCUAGUCCUCCGCCAUCCCCUGUGACGGAGGCCCCUCAAGCACUAGGUCCGACUAGCACGAGCAUCACCGCUCAGAUGAAGUGUAAGGUGUUCCUGCAACAACAGCACGCACAAUGGAAGUCCCUCGGCACCGCCAAGCUGAAGCUGUACCGCGAGUCACCAACAAACGUGAAACAGUUGGUCGUGGAGGCGGAUGACAAGAACAAAACCGUGAUCAUCUCGACAAUCGUGCUCGUGGACGGCGUCGAGCGGGUGGGCAAGACAGGCGUGGCGGUGGAGCUCAGCGAUAGAGGACGGCGCUCUGGGAUCGUCUACAUGCUUCAGCUGCGCAACGAAAAGUCCGCUGGAGGGCUCUUCGACAGUCUAAUUGCCGGGUCGGAUAGGUCAGCGGGUAGGGAUGAGCUGACUAGAUUAGGGAGUACUUGGGGGUAA